AUGCCGGGCGAUCGCCGUCGCGCCUCCCGCACGAACGACGCGCUUGUUGCGCAUCGUCCGGACGACUCCGCGUCGCCGGUGGAGCGGCGGAUAAAGGUUGAUCCGCAGACCCAUACGAAGUCCUUGUACCAGCGCGGCCCCGAUGGCAGCGAGAUGUACGCGUACUACUAUAACUCCAACGACGACCCUACUUUUCAGGAGCGCUAUAACCGGCACAACAACGGCAAUGCCUUUGUGCAGAGCGCGCAUUUCACAUAUGUGUCGCACGGAGGUGGCGAGGGUCGCAACCACAGCGCCGUGAAGGAGCGCCAGCGUCCAGUCGUGGUCGAGGAGCGAGAGGGCGAGGACGAGCACGUGGCGCGCACGGACAGUGGUAGCAAUGCCAACGUGUACGGCAAACACAGGGAUAAGGAGAAGCAUCGAUCGUCGAAACAGGACCCCAUCGUUGAAGAGCCCGACGGUGACGACGACUACAGUGACGCUAAUUCACGAGCCUACCACCGCAGCGGCAAGAAGGACGAGCGCGGCUCACAUCCAGACGCCCCAGAGUUCUGGAGGGAUCCGUGGGGUAUGGAGUCGAUCAUGGCGGAGAUGAUGCAGCCACCGCUGGGAUUUGAGGAUCCGUUCCCCUUCACCUCUCGGCGUGCGCAAGUGCAGGGUAGACAAAAGUCGCCGUCGGCCUCGCACCAAUCGAAGUGGCAGCUCAGCCCCUACACCCGCGGCGGGGUGAUGGGCGGUCCGUUCACGGGAGAUUUCUUUGGCACCGGUGGGCCCGAGAGUCCAUUUCGCAUGAUGGAGGCAAUGCAAUACCACAUGCAUAGGCAGCGCGCCGCCAUGUUCGGCGGUGUCGACCCCUUUGCGCGUUUUAUUUAG